AUGAACAGCACUGUUCUCCAAUUAUCCGCUCGAGAACGAUUACAAUUCGCUUUUGAUACAUUUGAAAGUGAAUAUGGUAUUGCAAAAUUGCUUGAUCCAGAGGACGUUUGUGACGUUGAAACACCAGAUGAACGUUCUUUAAUUACUUAUGUUUCAAUGUUGCAUAAUAGAUUAAUCAACGAGCCAAAGGUUUUGUUGUCUUUGGGCGGAGGCUAUGAUGAUGUUAUUUCACGUCUUACUCGUGGAAUUGGCAUAACCAAUGAAAAACUUGAUCAUUUACUUGUACGUAUUGAUAAUGUAAAUGUAGCUGAAGAACGUGGUGAACGUUUUGAAAUAUUGGAACGUCAAGUUCGAGAAAUUGUUGAUGAUUUGCACCUUCUGAAACCUCCAAUUGAUGAACUUUUUAGUGAUGUUGAAAUUCUCCGUCAACAACGACAUUCGCAAACUGCUGAUUUAAAUAAGCAAGUUGUUGGUCUAGAACAACGUAGAGCUGCAUAUUUGGGACGAUUAGAAGAUGGAAUAAUGACUAGACUUGGAAUUCGCCCAAAAACACAAUUCGUGACUGAACGUGUAACUUCAACAACAACUGCUGAUGGAGGGUCUUUAGCUUAUAAAGGAAAUGCAUUCCGACGUGUUGAGGAUGCCAUUCAAUGGAUUAGAGAUAGAACGGAUUUCCGUCAGACUGUUGAUGAAUGUAUUGCCAGACAGGCUGAAGUCUCUGCUGAAGAUUCCUAUGACUAUUUUGAAUUGCUCAAAAUUCUUGAAUCAGAAUACCAACAAUUACGGGAACUUUCUGCUGGAAGAAUGGUUGAUUUGGAUUCUCUCAUUGCUUUUAUUCGUGCAGCACAACUUGAACUUGUUUGGAUUCAUGAAAGAGAAGAAUUAGAAGUUACUCGUAAUUGGUCUACAGUACAACAAUUAGAUAUUCCCAUGCUUCAAAAUUAUUUUAAACAAUUACUCCAUGAAAUUGAAUUACACGAAAAACAAUUUAAUGAUGUACAUAAUCAAGGAGCUGCUCUUAUUAAUCAACGACAUCCGGCGGGAGAAGUUAUUGAAGUUUAUCUUCGCACAAUGCAAAAUCAAUGGGAUUGGUUAUUAAAUCUAAGCAAAUGCCUUGAAGGUCAUUUAAGAGAUGCUUACAAUGCCAAAUCGUUUUUGGAAGAAUCAGAUCAAAUUGAACAACAAAUGCAACAACAAUUGAAUCAUUUGGAUCAGAGUUACAACCGAACAGAUUUUUCUUUGGACGAGGGCGAAAGGAUGUUACGAGAACUUGAUUCAAUCCGUGAACAUAUUCAACAAUUACAUGCUCGACUUCUUUCACUUUCUGAACGAUGUUCACAAAUUUCACCAUUAUGGCAACGUGGUGAAAGAAUUGGAAGACCAAUUCCCGUUGUUUCUCUUUGUGAAUACAAAAGGGACGAAUGUACUCUUUUGGAUAAUCACGAUUUAUUACAUUGGCGUAUUCGAGGAAUGGAUGGUGUUGAAGCUAGCAUUCCUUCUGUUGUUUUCCGUAUUCCUCCACCUGAUCCACGUCUUUCUAACUUACUUAGCCGUUUCCAUGGACAAUUUGAAAGAUUAAGAAAACUUUGGGAUCGUAAACAUCAUUUGACACGUUACAAUAUGGUUUUGUCAACAAUGCGAACUGUUCGUGGUUGGGAUUUGGACACUUUUCUAUCAAUUCCUCCCGACCAACGAGAUGAAAUCAUUAAAGCAUUAAAUGAAGAUGUAAAUAAACUUCUUGCUGAAUUAGAUCCAAAUGAUCCACUUGCUCGACGUCUUAAAGAUGAAUUAAGAUUAACAAACGAACAUUUUUAUGAUUUAUUGGGACGUGCCCAGAAAGGACCUGAGCCAAAUUAUGCAAAUGAAUUUGAUGCAGCUGCUGUUGAGCUUAUUAGAAAAUUUGAGGAUGCUUUUAAACAACUGAGUGAACGCGCACAAAUUCGUAUACCAAGCAAUUUGGAAGAAUUAGAACAUCAAAUUAGAGAACAUAAAAUAUUCGAAGAUAAUUUACAGGCUUUGGAUGUUGAUGUUUCAAACGUAAAAGAACUUUUUCGACAACUUCCAAGUCCAACACCUAAUCAACGCGCCAAACACGAUUUAAUGAUUUCUAGAUGGGAAGAAAUUUGGGAUUUAUGCCGAAUGUAUGUUGAACGACUUAAAGCACUAGAAAAUGUACUAAAGAGUGUUGAUGAAGUUUCUGAUAUUGUUCGUCGACAUGAAGUAACACUUUCUUCUUUUGAUGAUAUGCCUGCAGCUUUGGAGCGUCUUAGAGGAGUCCAUGCACAAUUAGUAGAAUUAUUAAUGGUUUUGCAACAACAAAGAAGUAUUGUUGAAAAUUUGAAUAAAGAUACUGCUCAAAUACGUUCACAUGUAGCAAGGACACGUCUCGGAGUUCAACAUCACUCUGAUGUUGAUCAAUUGGAAGAAUUAGUUACUAAUUUAACCGUUCGCUGGGACAAUGUAAACAGUCAAGUUACCGAUCGUCUUCGAAUUGCUGAAGAAGCUCAACAAACGCAAAUGGUCUAUAGAUCACAAUAUGAUGAAGAACUUCAAUGGCUUGAUAGAGUUGAGGCAACAAUUAAUAGCCUUCGUAGACCAGAAGAUCUUCGUCCAGAAGAAUUGCAAGGUCAAUUGGAUCAAUUAACUGCAGAAUAUGCUCAAUUACAAGAACAUACAGCAACAAUUGAGGCAAUAAAUAAAGAAGGAGGAAAAUUCAUUCGUGAUGCUAGGAGUUAUGAUAUAAAACUAGCACAAUAUCACGAUAACAUAAUUAGUGCCCAUGGUCAACGUAUCAAAGACGAAUUUCGACGUCAAAUACCUCAACCAAAGAAUGGAGCUCAAAUAGUUACAGAAGAACUUGAAGCAUUAAACCGAAGAUUUGCUCAACUUUCCUCUGUAAUAUUGGAAAGAAAGAAUAUUGUUAAUGUUUUAAUUCAAAAUUGGCGUCGAAAACAACAGGUGGACAAAUUAUUUUUAUUUGAGUUGUUAUUAAUGGUUAAUUAUGAGGUCUUAAAAAUAGAGUUAAAAAGGUAUUUUGGUAUUUACCUGAUCUGCUUCUCUUUACUUCAAUUAAAUAAUUAA